GCUAAUCGGUACAGGCUGAAAUUAUUGAGGCCCGACCUGCAAUGUUUCUUUCAUUUAAUCAGAAUAAGAGAGGAAUGUUUGGAAAACGGAAAAUUUUUGGCAUAGAAAUACCUGAAAACAGUAACGGUGUGUCUACUGUUACAUCACAUGGACUUGAUCCGAUGUCUGUUCAUUCUUGGUCAGAUGCAGCUCAUUCUGAGAUACUCUCUGUCUCAAGUCGGGCUAUAUUUAAUGGUAACUUGAGCCAAAAUGGCUCUCGGACCUAUGGCCAGCUGAAUACUACCUCAACAGCCUUGUUGCAGGACCAUGACAUUAUCAGGGGCAAAUUGCUUGUUGAUAGCAAUUCAAGAUCUCUUCCAAGUUCUCUACCUUGGAUGAUGGGGGAAAAGUCCACAAUCGAUCUAAAUGCAGGCACAAUGGCUGCAGACGGUUAUGAGAUUGAAGAAAUUUCUCGAUCAGACUUUGCUUCUGUUAAUGGAUCCAUAAAUCAGAACUCAAAUGGAGAAUUGUCUUGGUUAAGGGCUCCAAGACCUAGUUAUGUGAAACCUAACAAAGAUGUCGAAGGUUCUCGUGUUGAUGAUCCAAAGCAUCAGAAAAGUGAUACUAGUUAUUCUUCAAGCAGUACAAAGCUUCUUGGUUUCUCUGUUUCUGAAAAUAUAUGCCAAGAUCCGCCUUCGCACGCCAUUAAAGCCGAGUUCUCAUGCUUCUGCAAUUGAUGGUGUUAACUCUGAUACGACUCGAGGGCC